AAAGACAAAUGAUGGAGAGGUUACACAAGAAAAAAUUGCAAAUACUGAAAGUGAAUAUGUCCUUGUUUGCAUACUAGCAAAUGAGAAUUCAGGUUUCAUGUCAACUUCAGUGUGAAUAAUUCCAGUGUAUAACAAGAACAGACAGUGAAUGAGUUAAUUUGAGUUGUUUUGAAAAUAAGAAUGUUUUCCAUAAAGAGAGCAUUGAACUCAUCCGUUAGCAUGUCAUGGUGAUUUCUGGCUUUACACUGGUCACAACAGUUAAAAGUAAAAAGAAUGUCACAGGAGAUACACAAAUCAGGUGCAUAUAGAAUUUAAGGUUAGGAUAUUCAAGCAAUCACAACCAGUGAUAUUACACUGGCAUUUAAAAAAUUUCUUUUUGUCUGUUUAGACAUGAUAACUUUUCUGCCCAUCACUUUUUCCAUUCUAAUAGUGGUUAUAUUUUUUAUUGGAAAUUUUGCUAAUGGCUUCAUAGCAUUGAUAAAUUCCACUGAGUGGGUCAAGAGACAAAAGAUCUCCUUUGCCGGCCAAAUUCUCACUGCUCUGGCGGUCUCCAGAGUUGGUUUGCUCUGGGUAUUAUCACUACAUUGGUAUGCAACUGAGUUUAAUCUAGCUUUUCGUAGUGUAGAAGUAAGAAGUACUGCUUAUAAUGUCUGGGUAGUGACCAACCAUUUCAGCAACUGGCUUGCUACUAGCCUCAGCAUGUUUUAUUUGCUCAGAAUUGCCACUUUCUCCAACCUUAUUUUCUACUUAAAUAGGAGAGUAAAGAGUGUCAUUCUGGUGACACUGUUAGGGCAUUUGCUGUUUUUGGUUUGUCAACUCUUUGUGAUGAACAUGAAUCAGAUUGUACGGACAAAAGAAUAUGAAGGAAACAUGACUUGGAAGAUCAAAUUGAAGAGUGCAAUGUACCUUUCAAAUACAACUGUAACCAUGCUAGCAAACUUUGUACCCAUCACUCUGACCCUGAUAUCUUUUCUGCUGUUAAUCUGUUCUCUGUGUAAACAUCUCAAGAAGAUGCAGGUCCAUGGCAAAGGAUCUCAAGAUCCCAGCACCAAGGUCCACACAAAAGCUUUGCAAAUUGUGACCUCCUUUCUCUUGGUAUGUGCCAUUUACUUUCUGUCCAUAAUCCUAUCAGUUUGGAAUUCUGGGAGGCUGGAAAAGAAACCUUUCUUCAUGUUGUGCCAAGCUAUUAAAUUCAGCUAUCCUUCAACCCACCUAUUCAUCCUUAUUUGGGGAAACAAGACACUAAAGCAGACUUUUCUUUCAGUUUUAAGGAAUGUAAAGUACUGGGUGAAAGGACAGAAGGCUUCAUCUCCAUAG